AGGCAAUAAUAAGCACUAAUAAGCAAAAAUGGCAGAGUCAGCAAAUGCGCCGGUGAAGCAAGAGCCUGUAGACGCGGUAAAUCUAGAGAGCAGGAUCCUGGAAUUAUGUAUGGAGUUUCCCAAAGGGCUUACUGAUGCAAUCAUUCAGAACUCAAUGCCACAGUUUGAUGCACAACAAAGAGUAACGGCCAUAAACAGACUGCUUUCCACUGGCCAGGUAGACCUACUGAAAAGCUCUACAGGCUUGGUUUAUAAGCUAAAGGAUUCAGCUGCAGUAAGCAAAGUAAAAGGAUCAGAUCAUCAGGAGCGAUUGGUAUACCAAAUUAUUGAAGCAGCUGAAAACAAAGGCAUUUGGAUUAGAGAUAUACGUUUCAAAAGUAACUUGCUACUCACCCAAGUCAACAAGAUACUGAAGAAUCUUGAAAGCAAGAAGCUCAUCAAAGCUGUAAAAUCUGUAGCAGCAUCUAAAAAGAAAGUGUACAUGUUGUACAAUUUAGAGCCAGAUAGAACAGUCACGGGGGGUGCCUGGUACAGUGAUCAAGAUUUUGAGUCGGAAUUUGUAGAAGUUUUAAACCAACAGUGCUUUAAGUUCUUGGAGCAAAAGGCUGCUUUAGCAAGAGAUUCUAAGGCAGAUCCCAUGGCACAGAAAAAUGCUGCCUACACAUCAUCUAGUGAUGUGUGGAAGUAUAUAUCAGAGCUAGGAAUAAGUAAGGUACAACUCUCUAUAGCUGAUAUAGAAACCAUUUUAGACACCUUGAUAUACGAUGGCAAGGUAGAGAGAACAGUUGUGGCCGCAGCAGCAGGUGGAGACGCUGAUGCAGGUCAAUUAAAGUUAUACAGGGCCAUCAGUCCUCUGAUCCAACCCACAGGACUGAUGAAGACGCCUUGUGGAGUUUGCCCUGUUAUAAAAGACUGUUAUGAAGGAGGAGCUGUAUCACCAUCAACAUGCAUAUAUAUGAAGGAAUGGCUGGAUUAUUAAAACUUCAUAUUUAAACUUCAUCAGUCUUCAUCAGAGUUAAAUCUAGAAUUCUACACAUCAUCUGCAAUCAAGUGGUGACACUGCACAUUGAGAGGUUGCCAAAAUCAACUUUCUACAAAGAUAACACAAUGACCAAACCUGUUAAGAAAUAAAAAGGAAAUGCAGGUCGUUUUAGUUUCUUGAAUGUUUGUACUUUGUUCAUUUAAGAGUUAAGCACUUUUGAAACUACAGCAUGGCAAUGUUUUCCUGAUGAAACAAGUCACUUUUUUUCCAAAGCUACUGUGACUAGCAUAAAUGGGCCAUAAAAGAUUCUAACAUCAAUGUGCAUAUGAGUUCUCUAUAUGACUUUCUUUGUAAUGUGAUUUUGUAAAGCCUAGGUCCCAACUACGUUUUGGACGCACGGUUU